AUUAUGAAUUUUAGACAAUGUUCAGUCGCAGUUGUACUAGACCUAUCACAAAAAUCUUGCAGUGGCGCAACAGUUUUUGUGACGUGACUCAGAAAUCUGUUAUCAACAAAUCUGGGGUCAAAGGAAGAUAGUAAACAUUACCCUUCAGUGAAGUCGUAGAAAAAUAAUUACUAUGAAGUUAUUUAACUCGAUUCCCUGCUUCACACUACAUUCCAUAUCAAUUAUUUUAGUUAUUUUCCUUCUGCCUUUUGUUAUCACAAAAACUUGGGAUCAAGAAUUUGACAAUCAUAAUGUCCUCAUUCAAAAUUUUCAUGAAAAUGUAUCUUGUGCUGCAAAUGAGUACCCACCAUCCAACAGUGACAGGGUUCCAACGUACAUUAUUAAUCUAGAUUUGCCACCUCGGCUGAGAUGGAGUCAACUUAUGGUUGAUAAAAAAGAAUUUACAUUGAACCUACUGCAAGAUAUAAAAAACUAUACUGAAUCAUUCUUCAAAGGAAAGCUUUUUCCUUUGGUUGACAAAUAUCUUCCAUUGGUGGCUGAAACUCUUCCAGAACCAUACCUUAGUGAACUCAAGGGCAUUGCAGAAAUCGCUGGCAUUGAGUUGGGAGAAAUCACUCUGUACAACAUCUUCUAUGAAGUUUUUACACUUUGCACCUCAGUGAUAUCCCAAGGUGCAGAUGGGAAAAUUUACCAUGGCAGAAAUUUAGAUUUCGGGUUAUUCUUGGGGUGGGAUGUUAAAAACCAUACCUGGUUAACAACGGAAGCCCUUCGGCCAUUAGUGGUAGAGCUUGACUUCCAACGUGGUGGACAAACUGUCUACAAAUCUGUCAACUUUGCCGGAUACGUAGGAGUGUUGACUGGUAUGAAACCGCAACAGUUCACGUUGACCUUGGAUGAGCGCUUUAGCAUGGAAGGCGGGUUUGUGGGCAUCAUCCGGUGGCUUUUAGGCGACCGGUCUGCUAACUGGGCAGGUUUCCUAAUGAGAGAUGUUUUGGAAAAGGCCGACAGCUAUCACCAAGCUCUCUCUACACUGACAACCAGUAAAUUGUUGGCCCCUGUUUAUUUUAUCCUGGCAGGAAACGCCUCAGAUCAGGGUGUUAUAAUUACAAGAGGACGAAUCGAAGCGGACGUCCUGUUUAUGGGUCGAGGUAGCGUCAGUCAGGUUUCAACGUGGUUUCUUGUGGAGACUAACUACGAUCACUGGAACCAACCUCCAUUCUUCGAUGAUCGGCGCACACCAGCGAUUCAAUGUUUAGACAAGAUGGGUCGAGAAACAGCUUCGCUCUCGGGAAUCUUCAACGUGCUAUCCACCAAACCCGUCUUUAAUAAGUUGACUACUUAUACUUGCCUCAUGGAUGUUUCGACUGGCCAGUUUGAAUCAUGGAUUCGUGUUUGUCCUGAACCUUGUAAACCUUGGUGAUAACAGUUAAGUCAAAUUUAAAACAGUUAUAGUCAAUGGUUGAAUUCACAUUCCCACCCUUUGUUCUAAAAAAAACUGGAAACCAAAUAUCGUUCGUCUGUACGUUACGUUAAUGUGUUAGUUUAGUCCAUUAUGUUUUCUUAAGUCGCGUAAAUUUGAAAGUAUUAAUCAAUAAUCUUGUCAUUAUCUGUGUUAAAGGGAUGACCAAUACAAACAAUCUAUAGCUUUG